GGUACCUUGACAGCCUUGUGAACAGCAAACGAUAAGAGCAACCCGAAGUUGUCGCAAUAUUGGGAGGUUGUUGAUUGGUCCAUGAUAGGCCUUUGAACGCGGCUACUGGUUGGUACUAGGAAUGGGCGCAAAGGGGCUCGAAAUCGUGCGUAUUGGUUUUCUAAUCAGAUUCAAUGGGAAAGAGGACUGUACAUAUGCAAUAUACUGGACCAUGCAAUUGUUCCACCUUGACAUCGCGGAAGGCGUUAUGCUCUACCUAAAACAAUCCGUUUGGGUUCGUGAAAGUGGCUACUCAGAUAUCAAAUAUGUCACUCCAAUCUUGAGUGGCACGACCAACUAUACUUACCGUGUGAUGUUUCGACAAGAAGGCUCGCUCACUGUCACAGACACAUUCUUGGGAAGCAUCAUCUUGAAGCAUGCUCCCGAAUACCUCUUGGGUACACCACAUAUUCCUUUCGCAGCCGGAAGACAGGUUUUUGAAGCCAGCGCAAUGAGCGUAGUUCCACGAGUCCUAACAAACGAUUCUAGUAUACUACCAGUUGAACUUCCAGUCCUUAUCCACCACGACCCUGCCGCCCGUGUCAUCUUCAUGCAAGAUCUGAGUUCAGUGGAUACAGAAGCUGUUUCAGGGUCUUGGUUCGACCAUACAAUGCAGUUGAGCCAGUUCUGCCGCGAAGCAAACACUCCUUCCCACUUACAACUCCUUCGUGGUGCGGGCAUUGCGCUCGGGGAGUUAGCUACCGACUCCAUUCUUCAUCAUCCAACACAAGAGAAUCGGAGGCCAAAGCCCUACAGGACUUCAAAUAUCUACAUUAGUCAUGGGAAAUUUCAUGUAGAUGCACACAUUCCAGAAGCGACGCUCUGCGUCUUCGAUUGGGAAUUCACGACAUGCGCGCCAUCUUACGUCGACCUGGCGGACUUCGCAAGCGGGGCAUGGCUGUAUGCCUAUUCUGGUCCAGCAAGCGAUGCUUGGAUCGAGCUCACGUCCAACGUAUUUCGUGCGUACCGGGAUUCUGGAGGCAGAAAAGAUAUCAAGUCUACAGAGAAGUUCCAUCUUGCGAAAGGACGGUGGGAGAGGAAGACUGCGGCACUCGCAGCGGCGAAAAGGAUUCUCAGUACUUCGCAAGAUGAUUGGGAUGUGUUGAGCCAGGACACAUUUCUUGGAACACUUUUGAGAAUUGCAUCAGCCCAGGGUAGAGAGAAAGAAGCUGGGGAAGUCAAUGGUAGCGCUCUCACAUUAGGCUAA